AUGGCAGCUUGGGGCUCCAUUGUGCUUGCGACCAGCCAAGCCGGCAGCUCAUCAGUUACUUAUCAGAGUGGCCCGCUUGACACUGUAUUCAGCAAGUUUGUCGAGUCUGGAAGCCUCGAUAGAACUUUACCGACCCAUGGGAGAGGUAAUUGGAUUGCUUUUGCUCAGAAGCUCAGCACGGUGUCUACCACUUCAACUUCCUCCGUCACAUUCGCUGUGGGCCAGUACAGAGAUAAUGUGGUCAAUUACCUGGGCAAUGACCAAGUUGGGUUCUUCAAGUCAAAGUACCGUAAUGUGCUAGAAACCGUCGAUGCCUUUUUGAACGAUUAUCAGUCAGCAUACGUGGAAUCUCAAACCUUGGACAAGGCCAUUAUUAGCGAGACGAGUUCGAUCUCUAGCAAUUAUACUGAUCUGACGACAGCAGCCGUACGGCAAUGCUAUGGCGCCAUGGAAAUCACACUUCCCGCCAGCAACACUGCUGACACGAGCAAUCCAUACGUCUUCUUGAAAGAGAUAUCCACGAACGGAGAUGUAAAUACUGUCGACGUAGUAUAUCCAACCUCUACCAUCCUAGGUGUCAUGAGCCCAGAUUGGAUCAAGUAUUUGCUUGAACCGGUUGCCAUAUUCUCCGAGAGCCCAGCAUGGACUGCUGACUAUGUGGUGCACGACCUUGGCACCUAUCCUGUAGCAACCGGACGUACCAACGCUACUUCCGAGAAAAUCCUUCUUGAAGCCACGGGUGGUUUUCUGAUAAUGGUAUACCAAUACCAGCAACUGACCGGCGACGAAACCUGGGCCCAAUCGCACAGAAAGCUCUUCCAGCAAUUCGCCGACUACCUCAAAACCAGCGGUCUGAACCCUUCACUGCAAUAUGACACCGUCGACUCGAUCAAAGCAACCGCCAAGCAAACAAACUUGGCCAUAACAUCCGCCAUAGGCCUGAAAGCCUACGGAGCGCUAACAGGCAACCAAGCUUACACACGGACAGCUCAGAGCUUCGCCAGGACGAUAUACACGCAAGGACUCGGCACGAACCUCAACAGCAACGGCACAUUCACCAACGGCACUCCCCAGCAUUUCACCUACAACUACGGCAUGUCCACAUCAUGGGGCACGGUCUUCAAUCUCUUCCCGGACCAAUACCUCAAUCUGAGCACCUUCCCGACCGCCGCAGUCUCAAUGCAGUGCUCCUGGUACAUGUCGCAAGCCACGAGCGUUGGCAUUCCCUACGCGAGCGUACAGGAUGAUAUCGCCAAUGGGAUGUGGGACAUGUGGAUUGCGGCGACCUGCCCAACCGAUGUCGACACCAUCAUUGGUUUUGAGCAUGCGUUUUUUACCAAUGGCAAGAAUACGGUGCCGUUUGCUGAUCGGUUUUACGUGAAUGGGAGUCGGGCGGGGACGUUUGUGACGGCGCAUGCGAGACCGACGUUGGGGACGACGUUUGCGAUUUUAUUGGGGAAGGGGAUCAGUUUCACGAAGGCCUUUACUUUGCAUGGAGUACAUAAAUAUGACGGCGCGUAA